AUGCAACAUCUUUUGACAUUGAUGGAACGUGACAAAUACGUUUAUCGAUAUAGGAAGGUAGAUGGUUUAGAUGAGUUGAGGGACAUAUUUUGGGCCCAUCCAGACGCUAUCACUCUUGUGAAUAAUUUUCACAUAAUAUUGAUUAUGGAUAGCACUUACAAGACCUGUAGGUAUCGAAUGCCAUUACUUGAGAUUAUUGGUGUUACAUCUACUGAAAUGGCAUUUUGUGUGGGAUUUGCAUAUCUACAGUCUGAGCGUGUUGAUAACUUCACAUGGGCACUACAAAUGGUGAAAGAACAGAUUACAAGUGGUGAAGUUGAAGUCAUCGUUACUGAUAGAGACCUUGCUUUGAUGAACGCAGUUGAAAAUGUUUUUCCAAAAGCAGUGAAUUUAUUAUGCUUGUUUCAUAUAUGCAAGAAUGUCAAAGCCAAGUGCAAGAUGACCGUGUUUCCAAAAAAGAAGCAAGUGCAAAUAAUGGAGGCAUGGGAGGCUCUUAUUUACAGUUAUGAUGAGGCUCAGUACUACAUGAAGUUGGCUAUCUUUGAAGGAAUUUGUAGUAAUUGUUCUAUUUUUUAUGAUUAUGUACACGAGCAGUGGUUAAUUCCUCACAAGGAAAGGUUUGUUGAGGCGUGGACAAAUAGAGUUAUGCACUUUGGGAACACCACAACACAAAGGGUUGAGUCGGCACAUUGGAGUUUGAAAAGGAUAUUACAAGAUAGUAUUGGUGAUAUAUGCAGUGUUUGGGAAACCAUCAAUAGCAUGAUUGUAUUACAACACAAUGAGAUAAUAGCAUCAUUUGAAAAGAGCAUCAUUCAAAAGGUGCAUCGCUAUAGUAACAGAUUAUACGCGAAUUUGCGUGGUGUUGUGUCAAAAAAUGCAAUUGAUCACAUUGCGGCAGAGUAUGAUCGCGUGAAGUAUGUAGGUAUUGAUCAGACUGAGUGUCGUUGCACAAUUAGGACAACACAUGGUCUACCUUGUGCAUGUGAAAUAGCCAGGUAUAGUAUGAUCCCACGUUCCAUUCCAUUAGACGCUAUUCAUGGUUGGUGGAGUAAAUUAACUUUCCAUGUUGAUGCAUCGAGUCAACCUUCAGAGUUAUCUAUGAAACAUGAAAUAGAUGUCCUAGUGAAAAAGUUUGAAGAACUGGAUGUACCUGGAAAAAUUUCACUUAAAGGUAAAUUACGAGAGAUCGCGUAUCCAUCGACUACGUCGAUGUUUCCACCGGUUGCCAAGGUUAAAACAAAAGGUGCACCAAAAAAAGGCAAAAGUAAGGUAUCAAAAAGAGAUAAAUCAACCAAGCGUGAUCCAUCUUGGUGGGAGUAUGUGGAUGCAAGUGUUCGAUGUAGUGGUACAAAUGCAUGUAGCACUAUAGAUGCCAAUGACAUUAUUGAUGUCGGUGAUGAUGGUAAUUGUGGAUAUCGUGCAGUUGCAGCUUUACUUGGAAUGGGUGAGAACUGUUGGGCGUUCAUCCGUCAACAGUGUGUGAUAGAGCUUCAAGAGUUCAUGUCUCAUUACGAGAUACUAUUUGGUGGAGAAAAUUAUGUUCGACAACUUAUACACAAUGUGUAUGUUGAGCAAGUUGCGUCGAAGGAUAAUUGGAUGACACUUCCAGAAAUGGGAUAUGUGAUUGCUUCGAAGUUUAACGUGGUUGUCGUCGCAUUAUCACUUAACCAAUCACAAACAUAUUUUCCACUUCAGAGUCCACCACCAACAUGUAUGUCAGAUCAUCGUGUGAUUGUUAUUGCAUUUGUUAACAACUGUCAUUUCGUACAGGUUUACUUAAAGUGA